CCACGUCGCGCGCCCCACUCCACCAUGCGCUCCUCCCCGCACGGGGUGCUCGGCCCAUUCACCUGCUUCCUGCAAAGUAGCAGCAGUACACGUUGCACUACUUUUUAAUUCACUUUUAAUAUUGAAUGCGCUGUGCUGCGCUAGAGCAGCCAUGGAUGGAACCAACAACACGACCGACUUCUGGUCCCAGCUGCUGGACAGCCCCCCAAACAACACAAAUACCCACAACUCCACCGGGGUGGAGGAUGAGGAAGAGGAGGUCAAGCUGAGCUACCAGAUCGUCACCUCGUUCCUCCUGGCAACGCUCAUCCUGUGCGCCAUCUUCGGGAACGCGUGCGUGGUGGCGGCCAUCGCCUUGGAGCGCUCCCUGCAGAACGUGGCCAAUUACCUCAUUGGCUCCCUGGCCGUCACGGACCUCAUGGUGUCCGUGCUGGUGCUGCCCAUGGCGGCGCUGUACCAGGUGCUGAACCGCUGGACCCUGGGCCAGAUCCCGUGCGACAUCUUCAUCUCGCUGGACGUGCUGUGCUGCACCUCGUCCAUCCUGCACCUGUGCGCCAUUGCGCUGGACCGCUACUGGGCCAUCACGGAGCCCAUCGAGUACAUGAACAAGAGGACACCGCGCAGAGCCGCCGUGCUGAUAGGGGUCACCUGGCUAGUGGGCUUCUUCAUCUCCAUCCCCGCGAUGUUGAUCAUGCGCUCGCAGCCCGGCAGCGUGGCGGAGGACCGCGCCAACCCCAAGCAGUGCCGCAUCCGGCAGGACCCCUGGUACACCAUCUACUCCACGUUCGGCGCCUUCUAUAUCCCGCUGGUGCUUAUGCUCGUGCUGUACGGGCGCAUCUUCAAAGCCGCACGCUUCCGGAUCCGGAGAACCGUGCGCAAGUCGGAGAAGAAGAAAGUGGCGGAUUCGUGUUUGGCGCGAUCUCCGGCUCUGUUCCACAAGAAAAUCGGUAGCGGUGGUGGUGGCGACGCGGGGGGCAGCAAAAGUUGGAAGCGCAGCGUGGAGCCCAAGCCGCUGUCGAGCAGCGCAAACGGCGCGGUGAAGCACGCGGAGGACGGCGAGUCGCUGGAGAUCAUCGAGGUGCACAGCAGCUCCAAGCACAGCCUGCCGCUGCCCAACGCGCCCAACUGCGCGCCGCUCUUCGAGAACCGACACGAGAAAGCGACCGAGGCGAAGCGCAAGAUCGCGAUGGCGCGCGAGCGGAAAACGGUGAAGACGCUGGGCAUCAUCAUGGGGACGUUCAUCCUGUGCUGGCUCCCAUUCUUCAUCGUGGCGCUGGUCAUGCCCUUCUGCCUGGGGUCGUGCUACAUGCCGCGGUGGCUGGAGGCCGUGAUCAACUGGUCGGGGUACUCCAACUCCCUGCUCAACCCCAUCAUCUACGCCUACUUUAAUAAAGACUUCCAGAGCGCCUUCAAGAAGAUAUUGAACUGUCACUACUGCAAGCAGUGAGGACACAGACACAGUAGUGUAAUGUGAUGGAUUUUCCUCUCGGUUUACAUGUUGUUUUAUUUAUUCUUUGCAGUGUAUUGAUAGUGUACAUUUAUAAAGUGGCAGCCCUAGAUUGUUAUGAAGAGCCAUGAUUGUAGGGAAGGUUGUUUGCAUGGUUCUGUACUUAUUGUUGAACUCUGUCAUAAGCGAAGCUGUCCGCUCUGCACAGUGUUUACUGGAAUCGAGAUCCAUGUUCCUCAUGAUUAGUAAACCAGAUUUUUCCUGACGUUAUUAUGUGCUUUUGCAGUUUGAUUAUGUGCGUGUCAGGGCUUAAAUUGCGAUUAUUGUAUUUAGGUCAAUCUCUUUAAAACAUA